AUGUCGUCAGCCAGUCCAAAGAUGUUAAUUAUUUUACCAUGUAGUCCGCCUUUUCGCGCUACUAUCCACAAGAUUUUAAAGUACAAUUUCGCUCCGUAUUCCCCCAUCAUCGCACCAGACUCGAGGCACUCUUUCCAAUAAUCCUCAUUCGUCUUCUUGUGCUACACGCGAGCGUUGUGUUGUGUUUUCGUCAGCCUCGACGACGAGAUUAAUUACGCGUAAGUACAUAAUUAUAUUGCAUAAAAUUAAAAAGUAAACUCCUUUUAGCAUGGGGAAACAUAAGAGAAGACAUCGGUCUUCUAGUAGUGAAUCGGAUAGCGAUUCAAAACAUAAAAAACUGCAUAAAAGACUUGCUAAAUUAGAAUCUCUUCUUAAAAAACGAUCGAGGUCACGCUCACGAUCCCGUUUCCCAGCGGAACGGACGAAGCGUCGAGGCCGCUCGACUUCGGUCGGCCGUUCUCGCUCCCCCACUGUGGCUCGAUCUAGACUUUCCACGCCUAGUCGGUCCGUGCGGCAAAAACAGGCUGACAAUAGUCCGGUGAUUUCAGAUUUUAAUAAUAGUUCGAGUGUAGCCCAAGACCCGCGCGGCUUGGCAAGCACAUUAGAUUACGAUGAGAGUAUAGCCCAUAGUCCAAGCGGCGUGGCAUCUCCAACAGAUGAACUAUUAAUUCACAAUGAUUAUGACUUACCAGAGGAGGUUCUCAACAUUUUGGGUGAUGAUCCGUCUAUAAAGGAUUCUGAACAAGUUAAAGUGCACCCUGCCUUAGCAAGUCGUUGGAGUAAUAUUUUAAUAAAAGGACUGUCUGAGGCGGAUACUACUGGUAUUUUACAAAAAUACAAAAUACCGGUUAAUUGCCCGUUAUUAGUUCCUCCAACACUAAACCCAGAAUCAUACGCUAUUAUUCCUCAAAACAUUAGAAAUAAGGAUAAUGCAUAUGUCCAAUUUCAGACAAAAUUAGGUAUGGGCUUAGCUAUUUUAGGAAAAAAUAUUGACGGCAUCCUAAACGAAGCGGAUAAUAUGCCUCCACUAUGCAAAGAAGUCUUACUACCUGGUUUAUCAGAUACAGGGCGUCUUCUUACGAGCCUAUUUUAUGAUUUAACCAUGGCACGACGCUCUUUCAUUUAUCCUUAUAUGAAUAAGGAUACCAAGGAACUCCUAGAAAAAUGUCCUCCCUCUGACCUCCUUUUUGGACCAGAUAUUUGCGAAAAAAUUAAAGCAGCUAAGACUUUGCAAACGGCCAGCAAAGACAUGAACCUAUUCCCUCAACAUCUGGGUUUAAAGCUCCUAGGGUCGCAGGUGGUUUUAGGAAAAAAGAGAUGAAAGGGGAGGGGGCAGAUAAAGGGAAACCAUAUAAAAAUUUAAACCGGUAUCGCCCUGCCCGUCAAUCGAGGGAGACGGGACAGCAGAAAGGGCGAACCUCGAAGGACAACUUCAGAGAGAGAUACAGAGGAAGGAAAUAAACGAGCAAAAAGCCCCACCCAUUAUCUGCGAGUCUUACCUUGGUAGCCGCGAGACUAUCCGGAAGUCUCUAAUACUACAACAAGUACCGGAGUGUGCCAUUGAGACAACAUUACUCUCACUAUCGGAGGCAACCAUUAAACAAUACGGAGUCACUUACAAACUUUGGUGGGAGUUUUGUAAAGAACAAAAUCUCAACAUGUUUGAAGCAAAUAUAAAAGAGGUAAUACUGUUUUUACAGAAUGUUUUAAGUAAAUCCCAGAAUUUAUAUGGUACAUUUAACUCUCACAGAGCAGCACUAUCUUUAAUUUUGCCUAUUAAAAUAGGAGAGAACCCAAUAAUUAAACGGUUUAUGAAGGGCGUUUUAAGGAUGAGGCCCCAAACACCUCGUUAUAAUUCUAUUUGGGAUUUAAAAACUAUUUUUGAUUAUUUCGACAAAAAUCCUGCCGAGAAUUUAAAACAGUUAUCUUAUAAGUUGGUUACUCUUUUAGUACUGGCCACAGGUCAAAGGCUACAAACCAUUAGCCUUAUUAGAGUUCCAAAUAUUAGACCUUACAAAGGAGGACUUCAAAUUCUAAUUGAAGAUAGAAUUAAAACGUCCGGUGUAAAUGUAAAACAACCUUGCCUUCAUUUACCAAAAUUUGAAGAAUUGCCAAAUCAAUGCGUUGUCUCUUGCUUACAUCAAUACUUGAAACUUACAGAGAAUCUGAGGAAUAAAGAUAGUGACUAUCUAUUUAUAACCAUUCAAAAGCCACAUAAGACUGCUUCAAAACCAACCCUCAGUCGUUGGGUAAAAUGUACCUUAGAUCUAGCUGGUAUUGAUACGAAUAUAUUUACAUCGCACUCAGGAAGGCAUGCUUCGACAUCUUCAGCCCGAAGAGCUGGCGUAUCGAUAGAUCUUAUUAAAGA